GCUGUUGCCCGCGCGCUGCGAGUUUGCACUACACACUAGCUACAAUUGUUACUUUGCGCGUCACUAAAACGAACAGAACACCUUUCGAGAGAUGACACGUGUGGACAUCGAUACAUUUUACAUCGAGAACAGUUAAAACAUUUGUAUUUUUCUGACAUUGUUGUUAACGUGUUGCCCGCGUGGGUCACUGCUCGUCUCCAGCUGUCUUUCUCAACGUCCAUUCGGUUUACUUCAAUUGAUUGAACAUAUUUCUCACAUCACAUACUGAAUCGGAUAAACGGAGGUCGGGUGUCAGCUGACGGCCGGGUCGUUGCCUUGCUGAGGUACGAACUGGAGGUCGACAUGAAGCCAUCGAAGCGGCUCCGCACCACAGAAGAUGAGGCAGGAGGGCGGGAGGAGGAGGAGGAGGAGGAGAGGGGAGCAGUGGAUGUGAGUAUUAUCGUGCCAAUGUACAACGCAUCCUGUUGGCUGGAUGAGUGUCUGCAGGCCAUAUUACACCAAGACUUCACUGGAACCACGGAGCUCUCCGUCUUCGACGACGCAAGCACUGAUGACUCCAGGAGAGUGGUGGAGGGUUGGAGGGAGAGGCUGGAGGCGAGGGGCAUCUCAGUUGUGAUCUCCGGCCACAACUCCGCCCAACCCAGAGGAGUGGGAUAUGCAAAGAAUAAGGCAAUAACUCAGAGCUGUGGACAAUACUUGUGCUUUCAGGAUGCGGAUGACGUCAUGUUGCCCCAAAGAGUUCGUCUGCAGUAUGAGGCGUCUUUCCUCCACCCAAACUCUCUGAUUGGCUGUAAAGUUCAGAGGGUUCCAGAGGGAUCGACUGAGCGUUACACUCGCUGGAUCAACGCUCUCACUCAGGGUCAGCUCGCCACACAGGUGUACACGUCCCAUGGGCCCACAGUCGUCAUGCCGACAUGGUUCGGCUCGAGGAGCUGGUACCUGAAGGUCGGACCGUUCGACGAGGGAGGCAAGGGAGUCCCAGAGGACUUGCUCUUCUUCUACCAGAGUCUUCGUCAUGGAGGGGGCGUGGCCAGGGUGGAUCAGUGCCUGCUGGUGUACCGCUACCAUGAGAAGGCCACCACGCACUCUGUGACAGAGGAAACCAUUUGGAAGCUGCGGGUGGACUUCCUGCAGGAGCGAGUUCUCAGCCAAUGGGAGAGCUUCACCAUAUGGAACGCCGGGAAACAGGGCCGGAAGCUGUAUCGAAGCCUGAGCCCGACCAAUCGGGAGAAGGUGAAAGCGUUCUGUGACGUCGAUGAGAACAAGAUCCAGAAAGGCUUUUACACAUACGAGGAAUCCAAGCAAAGACCGAAGCCAAAAAUCCCAGUUCUGCACUACAGAGACGCCUCCUCUCCCUUCAUCAUCUGUGUUAAACUGGACAUGACAGCAGGCGUUCUGGAGGAAAACCUCAACUCUUUGCUGCUAAAGGAAGGAACAGAUUUCUACCACUUCAACUGACUGCUCAGAGUGACGGAGGCAACAAGAGGAGCUCUCCGGCUUUAACAGGCUCAGAGGAAUGCACAGGAACUGAGGGAGAGGCAGGUGAUAAUAAAGACUGGGACAGGGUCAAUGGCAUUACCAAGACCAGGGAAAGAGAAAGUUAUAAUGUAUUUUAAGUGUCAAAAGAUGCGUUUUGUAUGGGAAACAGUGUGAAAAUUGAAAGUUCUCAAAGUUGACAGAUCUGCUGAUGAGGCACAACUGUACAUCCCCCGCUCUGUCUCCUCUGCCUCACUUCUGAACCACAACACUGGGAUAGUUAUUAGUUGUUAGUGAUGCGCGGAUCGCAGUUAUAUCCAUGGGCACCCUUGGUAAUCUGUGGAUUGGGCGGGUCAGGUCAUAAACAUUAACAUUAUUAUUAAUGGGGGAUGUGAAAUAAUACAUCAUUAAUGAGGAAAAUAUACAAGUAUAUAUAAGUAUGAGGAACAGCAUUGAUUAUUUCAGAAGCUGAAUGUUUGGCUUCUAUGUUCCUGUGUUUCAUGAUAUUAUUACAUGCAUGCAAGCGUUUACAAUUACUGAGAGCAGCCUCUCUAAUCUUAUCAGUAAAUCGUUAAAGUAAACAAUCGUCAAUCAAAUGAAAUGAAAUGUCCAUGUGUGUGCCGGUCUCUAAAUCUGAGAAAAUAAUUCAUUGGGAUGGCGGGCGGAUAAUUAAUGCUUACACGGUGAUUCGUGAUUCAGAUGACGCCUGGGCCAAUCCACACAUCUCUGUUAGUUAUUGUUGUGAGAUGAGACUAGAAACAGAGAUGCUGGCUCCGUCCAAAGGUAACAAAACCGGCCAACCUUUACCUCUAAAACUCACAAAAAAAAUAAAUUAUUAAAACGUCAAUAUUUGGGUUAUAUUCCAACGUAUUUCUUACUCCAGGUCUUUUUGUUCAUUUUUACAAUCUGAUUUUUGUAUGAAUCAAACAAACUAGAUAUCAAAUGUUAAUUAAUGAGCUUUACAGGUUGUUAGAGGCUGGUCGUGUCCAGUCUUUGUACUAAUAUAAGCUGAACAUCUCCGGCCGUAGCUCUUGAUCUUCUCCUCUAAUUAGAGGCUGGAAAGAGAAUAUCCGUAUCUCCCAGAAUAUCAAACUAUUCCUGAGAAAAGUUUGAACCUGACCUGGAGUUGAAAGAAAGAAGAAGUUUAAGGAUGAUUUUGUAAUUGAAUUACAAAGAACAGAUAUUACAGAUAUUUACAUGACGAUUGCCAUUGUUGACCAUUGGAGGAAUAACAUAUAAUUGUGUUUUCUAAUCCUGUGUGGACUCAGAUUGGUAACCUGUACACCGCAACUUGUGUUGAAAUAAAUGGAAGUUGUGUGAGCCGGCGCGUCAUCACAGAAGGUUCAACUUAUAAAAGGGUGGGAUGCUUUAUGACCAGAAUCACACCGGUUUCUCAGCAGCCUUCUCUGAUGCAACCAUGGAAAAUCAGAUACACGCACACAGCUGCUACAAAUGUGCAAACAUGGGUACGGCACGUAUUUGUUUGUGUUUCCCUGGGUCUCUUAUGAAAUUUAAAGAACAAUAACCUCUUUAAGAGAGCACAGUUCUGAUAUAUAAACACGCACUAAAAGUUUAUUUUACCUCACAGAGUGUAGAGUUUCUUCUGCCCAAAAAUAAACAGACCUUUCCCCACAAAACCUCCCGACGUGGUCGGCCUUACUGUAAAUCCGUCUGCAGCAGUGUCAGUGAAAACAACUGGAGGGGGUCUUCAACUCUGCCAAAGUUUUGUUUUCACUACCUUUGUUUGUUAUCAUGAACUGAACAUACAGUUGCACGAUGGUGUGAAUGCAUAGAAUCACUGUGCCAUGUAGUCGGGCUUGAAUUCAUUGAGUUUGAUAAAUUGCAGGACUGUUUGGGUCUGAUUCAGCCGGGGGGGGGGGGGGGGGGUUGAGGUGGAAAUCCCCCGGCCUCUGCCACCCACAGCACAGUGCUGUGUAGGGCCUGAGAAAAAUAUCACAUCCACUUAGCACUCAGUCUCCACCCAGACCCCUCUUCCCUCUCUGUGUUUCAAACACUUAAACAAGAAGGGAGAUUCUUUAGAGCAGGGCUGCAACCGACUAUAUUUGAUUAUUCUUAUGAUUCGUUUCUUGAUUGGUUUGUCGAUUAUAAAAACAGGCAAAAGUACAAAAUGUUUGUUACAUUUACCUUAAACCCAAAGUGACACAUUCUAAAAACGCUUGUUUUGUCUCACCAACAGUCUAAAACCCAAAGAUAUUUAGUUUACGGUCUCAGGACAAAGGACAUCUUUAGCUUGAAACGAGGGAAUAAUCUGUAAAUCUUGAAAAUUACAUAAACGAUAAAAAUCACGUUCUACUUUUUCGUUUAUAACCCCAAUACCUGCUAAACGACUGGCAUUCCCAAGAGCCUCGCCUCUAUAUGUGCUUAGUGCUAUUUAACAAAUGUUAGCAUGCUACACACUAAAACAAGAUGGUGAACAUGAGAAGCAUACCUCCCAAACAUAUACGUGUUAACGCAUUGUGAGCGCGUUAGCAUGCUGAUGUUAGCAUGCUGAUGUCAGCAUUUAGCUCAAAGCACUGCUUUCUUUGAACACACUUAACGCAUUUAUAAGCUCUGCUCAGCAUGCUGGUUACUAAAUAUUUGAGUGAAACGGUUCUCCGUUGCCAUUUACAUUGAAAGUACACACAGUUAUGGAGCUAUAAGGUGCUUUUGGAGAAAUGAGCCACUAAAUGGACGCCAUAUAUUUUAUAUUGUAACAAACCGAGGUGAUUUGUUUAAGUGAGGCCGCGCUCUGUCUAAAUACAUCCUGUAUUUAGCACUUGGUAGAUGACCAGAGCGAGCUCUAAUGGAGAAUCUAUGAGAGAGAUUCUGAAAGAGAGUAAACAGAGCUUUACUCCGUGUUUACUCUCCGUCUCUCUGCAGACAUCAGACCUGAUAACACAGACACAAUGACUGACCCUGACCCUGGAGCCUGCUUGCCCUCACUGGUCAAAUAAACCUGCAUGUGUGUAGACAGAAAUACACACACACACACACACGUGCAGCUGAUAAGAGAAAGAGAUAAGAGUCGGGUGUGUUUGGGGGAAGAGAGCUGACAGAGGUCAGACACUGAAGGCUUUUUAUUCACCUGGAACUUUACCACAUUCCUCUGUUUCAACAUCUCUCUCUUUAUAGAAGUACUGUGUGUGUGUGUGUGUGUGUGUGUGUGUGUGUGUGUGUGUGUGUGUGAGGAAAAAAAAAGCUGAUUUGGGUUGAUACGGUUGUGGUCGUAGUUAGGGUAGCGUAAGUUUCCAGGAAAUGAAUGUAAGUCAAUGUGAUGUCACCAAAAGUGACCUAAGUACAUAUGUUUGUGUGUGUUCAUGGCUUCCUCAGCUCAGAGAGAGAAAAUAAAUGUCCCAACAAAGCCAGCAGGUCCAAUUCAAUAACUGAUGACUCAUGUGCCCAGAUUUUUAAAUGAAACUCAAUUCAACAUCCUGUUUUUGUCACAGAGGCAUUUAAAGCUGUCAACAUGACAGCUGCUGUCUGAUGGAUCUUUGAGACUUUGAGAGCUUGAUGGGUGGAAAGCUGAACGCAGAGGCGGAUGUGUGAAUGACCUUAGAGGGGUGUGUGCACACCUCUCCCUCUGCCUGCUGUCAGCAGUUGUGUGUGCGCGAUGCUUUCCCUCUUUACUCAGGAAGAGCAAGAAUGGAUGGAAUGUUCCCUCCCACACACACACACACACACACACCUCCAUCUGCAGAGACAAACCAUGUGUGCUGUUCUAAACAGGAACAACAACCGUUUAUACCUGACAAGAAUCAUCUUCAGCAUGCAGAUGUUACUUAAGCACAGGGGUUAAAG